UGAUUACACCGCCGCCCUUGAGUCAAAGAAGCGUGCUCUUGAUAUCAGAGUUAAAAUGUUUGGUGAAGAACAUCCCAAGACCGCUGACAGCUACCAUUCAGUAGGAAGUACACAGCAUUGCCUGAGUGAUUACACCGCCGCCCUUGAGUCAAGGAAGCGUGCUCUUGAUAUCAGAGUUAAAUUGUUUGGUGAAGAACAUCCCAACACCGCUGACAGCUACCAAUCACUAGGAGUUACACAGCAUUCCCUGAGUGAUUACACCGCCGCCCUUGUGUCAAAGAAGCGUGCUCUUGAUAUCAGAAUUAAAUUGUUUGGUGAAGAACAUCCAAAGACCGCUUACAGCUACCAUUCAGUAGGAGUUACACAGCAUUCCCUGAGUAAUUACACCGCCGCUCUUGAGUCAGCCAAGCGUGCACUUCACAUCAGAAUUAAAAAGUUUGGUGAAGAACAUCCAAAGACCGCUGACAGCUACCAUUCAGUAGGGGAUACACAGCAUUCACUGAUGGAUUACAAAAACAAAACAACCAGUGAUAUAAAGCAGAUGGAAACGGAAGAAAGAGCCAUCAGUGAAAAAUUGAAAAGUCAAAUGGCACAACGAGAAAAAGACAAAACGACCGGUGAUUUAGAACAGAUGGAAACAAAAGGUCAAGCCAUCAGUGAAAUAGCACCAGUCUUCAGUCAAAUGGAACGAGGAGAAGAAGGUAUAGGUUUUAUGUUUUCGAAGAAUUCAUUUCACCCUAAGUAUAAGGCUAUCUAA